AAAAUGGAGUCAUCAGGGAAAAUCCCAAAUAUACCCCCAAGAACAUCUCGAAACAUGGGUAUGAAAUACAAUGCUUCAUCGUCUACGAUCCCUCGUCCUCUCUCAAAAACAAACAGUCAAUUUCAGAUAGAGCACUUGAACCAACUCUUCUCAAAACUAGUGCCUACUGUGGAAAAGAGGAGAUCCAAGGAGAGGAAGCUGAUCCUGAAAUACGACAAAUUAUACACAAAGAUGAAGCUUAGAGAAGAUUUCAUGUUUAAAUAAACUCUCAAACGAUAUCGACAAGGUAGUUAAUAGUCAAAAAGAGAAGCAUAUAUUCUUGAAAUAACAACAUACCCUUCACUACAGUGCUUGUGAAGGAUCUAAAGCACUUUGUUAACAUCAAAGUUCAUGAGCAUCUCUCUCCUUUAAGACUGUUUAUUAAAAAUAAGACAGAAAAAACUAGUUUUAAACUAUACUUUUCUCGAAGUAUCCCCAAGCCAUGUUUGAACGAUUGUGAGAAAUCGUUCACGAAUCCCUCUAAAAUUACAAUAAAAUCUCCAAACGAUGAGCUAAUUUUCUCUUGUACGCACUUGUACUUCACCAUAAUCCCCUCAGAUAAGCUAAAAAUGACGCUAGGGUAUUGCUUCAACAGCCAAUUACCAGCCCGAGAGCUAUUGCCUGAAUACAAGGUUUCCUACCUCCCUAGCGCUUCUCUCAAGAGCUGUAGGACGACUCUGGAAGCGAUGCAGUACAAGUUCCUUAGCCCUGAUAAGAUAGUGCAGCGGAGGAGGAACCAAAUCAUAAACACACAGUAUAUUAAAUAAGCAGCUAGAUGCACUGUUCGAAAGUGAUAAACAAGUACAGAAGGUACAGAGGUAUAUGAACAGGAUCAGGAAGAAAUAUCAGUAUAAAAGAGGUAGCCUAGGCGAAAGUAAUAGUAUUGGGAAGAGGGGCUUGGGUAGACAGGUCAAGAAUUGUAGGAUCAAGUCUUUAGAAGGGAGACUGCAGAAAAGUACAGGUUCGAAGGCAUUUAGGUCAUUUACAGGGGUUAUAAGAAAUAAAAAGGGACGUAAAGAUAGUCCAUAGUGCAGCAGUUGGGUCAAUCCAUUCAUUAAAGUUAUAACAAAUUACUGU